UAAUGGUAGGAAUCACCACUGCAACCUUCAGCUCUUCAUUCUAUUCUAUCCUUUACUAGUAACCACACAACAGUUAGUUACAACUUACUCCGUAUGGGGUAUGUACUAGUACAUAGUAACUACUUCUCCAUGUUUCCUGGUAAAAUCUCCGAUCUCCACUCCUGUUCGGCACAAUAACCGAGUCAUCGUUUCUAUGAAAUAUUGCCACUAGUGAGCUUGCGAGGAUUUCAACCAGGAUUAUGGAUGUACGGAGGAGCAAUCCUACAUAUUAUCCCUGAUUCCCCUCUCUCGCCCCCACGUGGAAACGAGAUCCUGGCCCAAUACGAAUACCAUGUCUUCGGCUGGGAGGGGAGCCAUGCAGGUCAUUGUCGAUAGGCCGGCAAACUUCUCCUGAGCUUUAAUUGAUUCUUUUUCACUGCCUCUGAUCGCUUGCUUACUCUGUUUUUCUUUUGCUCCUAGGACGAUGGACAACCUAGAGACUGAAAGAAGCAUCCUCUCGGACAACGAAAUCUACAGGCGGGAAUCACAGCCAGAUCGCACAACCGAGAAGAUUCCACAAGAGAAUCUAGUUGAAGAUGAGAAGCCUGACCUUGACGUCCCCCCUGAUGGCGGCUAUGGCUGGGUGUGUGUAGUCUGUGUCUUCUGGAUCAAUGCUCAUUCCUGGGGGAUUAAUAGUACUUAUGGCGUUUUUCUAUCAUAUUACCUCUCCCAUAAUGUCUUUCCCGAUACCUCGGAGCUCACGUAUGCCUUCACCGGCGGCCUGAGUAUCUCAUGUGCCCUUCUGAUGGCACCGAUCGCCACUUAUAUGAUCCGUACCUGGGGGACUCGUGUUGUUCUCAACCUCGGCGUUUUUUUCCAAACCCUGUCCUUGAUCAGCUCCUCGUUCGCGACUCAGAAAUGGCACAUCAUUCUCAGCCAGGGAGUCUGCUUCGGUUGUGGCAUGGGCUUUCUCUUCGUCGGGACGAUAGGUGUAAUCCCGCAGUGGUUUGUGAGACGCAGGGGCUUUGCGAUGGGGAUCACGGCCGGGGGGUCUGGGCUAGGAGGCCUAGUUUAUUCGCUGGCCGUGGGCGCUCUCCUCUCGAGGUUUGGGAUCGGCUGGGCCUUUCGCGUCCUGGCGAUCUGUUCCUUUGUUGUGAACCUGAUUUGCGCGAACUUGAUCAAGGACCGCAACAAAGCUGUGGGAAGCCGAUUUCGAUCCUUCCAUCUACCACUCUUCAAACGCCCUGAAUUUGUCCUUUAUCUCGCCUGGGGCUUCUUGAGCAUGCUUGGCUACGUGGCUCUGUUGUUCAGCGUGGCGGAUUAUGCCCUGUCUAUCGGACUGUCUUCCCACCAGGCCAGUGUCGUCAGUGCGCUGUUGAAUCUCGGACAAGGCCUCGGUCGUCCAUUUGUGGGCAUCUUCAGCGAUAAAAUCGGCCGCAUCAACGUUGCCACCUUGCUCACCUUUCUCUGCGGCCUGUUCUGCCUCGUCAUCUGGAUCUUUGCCCGAACUAUGGGCGUCGUCUGCUUUUUCGCCGUCCUGGUCGGCACCGUCUCAGGAACCUUCUGGGCCACUGUCGCCCCCGUCCUGGCCGAGAUCAUCGGCUUGAGAGAGCUUCCCAGCGGACUCAGUAUCUCCUGGAUGGUUCUCAUCCCCCCAACUACCGUGUCAGAGGCCAUUGCCCUCAUGCUACGUACCAAUUCGUCCAAAGACCACGCUUAUCUACGAGUACAAAUCUUCGCUGGCUUCAUGUACAUCGGCGCUGCUUGCUGCUUGUGGAUUGUCCGUGGCUGGAAACUGGGCGAGCUUGCACAUGCAGAACAGCAAAGCCUCGGUGCUGAGGGAACCUCGCAGGGCCCGACCUGCCCUCGGAACGAGAUGGAAAACCAGCCCAAUCACCAGGGAGAUUCGAUGAGCGGGCUAUGGUCCCCGGCUUCUGUGAUUUGUAAGAUGGUAGCAUUAAAGCGAGUUUGAAAACUUAUGUGUUCUUGAACAUAUUUCAGCCGUAAAACAAAAAUAUAGACUUGGAUCGUUACAAACAUUCAGCUCAAAGUCUAUAGGUAUCAUACAUAGACAAUACAAUAUCCUGU